CCCGUUCCUCGGCUCCGGACGUGACGUGAGGCGGGAGCCGGGUCGGAGUGUGGAGCCGCAGUUCUCCGGACUCUUCCACUUCUCGUCUGCCGAGAGGUUCCAGCUUCAGUUCCGGCUCCGGCUCGGGGCUCCUCGCCCGCCUCCUCCUCGCCGUUCCGUCCCGUCCCCUCCGCCGGCCAUGGAAAACGGGGAGGUGUACAGCUCCACCACGGAGAACGUCCCUUCCACGAGCGGCCCCGGGCGCGGCUCCCGCCGCUUCCCCCUCAUCCGGCUCGACCCGAUCCGGGCCUCCCUCAAACUGGCCGAGCUGGCCUUUUCUCUGCUGGCCUUUAUCUGUGAAGAGGUGGUGUCCCUGUGCACACGGUGCGCGGGCCUGUACGUCUUCGAAUUCGUCAGCUGCAGCGCCUUCCUCCUGAGCCUGCUGGUGAUGAUCGUCUACAGCACCAAGUUGUACGAGAAAGUGGACAAAGACAAAGUGAAGACGUUGGACAUCAUAAUCACUUCCAUAACUGGCGUGCUGUUUUUGAUAGCAUCAAUAGUCUUUGCUUGCACCAACGACGGGACUGCACCCGAAACUGUUGCAAUUGUGUUUGGAUUUUUGGCAAGCAUUAUAUUCAUAGUUGAUUUUGCUUUAAUGAUGAUUGAAAUAUUGAGGAAGUCCCAGUCCAGGAAACCUGAAGUCCCUCCAACAACUCUUACUCAGCCACUGAAUGCAAGUACUUAGAAGAAGGAAAGAGAAGGCAAGGACCGGAGGAGGAAGAGACCGAGGGGAAGUGCUUAUAAAGUUUGGGGUUCCACUCUGUUUCCACCAGCUCUCUCAGUUUCCUCACUUCUGGGAGUUUAGGGGGAGAGGAUGAGGAAACACUCUGUUAAGCCAGAGCUUCAUCAAGGAUCUGUCCAUGUUGCCUUUUUCUACUGCUAAAGUGUGUGCCUUAAUUAAAUUUCUUUGUGCUGUUUUUUUUCUUUAAAACCCAUCGUCCAUCAAAUGCCGAAUCUUUCUGUGACGCUGUGCCGAGGCCUUGGACUGUGCCGGCUUCCGGAUGGCAUUGUGUACUCAUAAAUGGUAUGAAAUGUUCGUCUUACUGACACCUGCUCUCGUUCAAUUAAUUUGCUGAUUUGGAAUCUAGGGAGAGAUUUAAAAAAUGAAAAUAAUCUAAACGUGGAGUGACUUAAUUUUAUCUUAUUGAAUAAUAUUAUUUAACCUUUAAAAGGGGAAAACGUAUUCAACUUUUCAGAUACAGGAGUCUCACCUUUCUCAUUGAAUGUCAUCGUAUCUGGAGGGAUCGGAGCUCAGCCAUGAAUGCGAACAACCAUUCUGCUCACAUAUCCAUCCUCGCCAGGAGGGUCUUUGCCCAGGCCAUUGUACAUGAUUUUCUGAGGGAGGCUGAGUUUGUACAUCCGGCUUUAAGCAACAGGGACGGCCUCUAGUCCAUAAAGUUUGGCUGUCUUAAUGGCAUAGCAAGUAGGAAACUAACUGGCAGAUUGAUCGUUCCUCUGUGAGCUUGUGAGGUGAAAACCUGGGCACAAGGCAGGAGGGGAAGGAACACCUGUCACCUUUACCACCUCCUCUCUCCCUCCAGUAUCUGGAAAGUUGAUAUCAUAACAUUUGGCCUUUUGUGGUUCAGAGGUGGUCCUGGCUGCCUUUGUCCCUUCUCUACCACAAAGACAGAAGGCUGCCAUGUGGCCAUUGUUUUCUCCCUCUUUUGAAUGUCUGCCUAGUGAAAUGGUUUAUAUCGAAGCUGCUAGAGUGCAGGAGCGUUUGUUUGGACAAACUGGAACGAGGAGUUUUAGAUGUCAUCUUUCCAGGGAAAUCCCAGCUAAGGAAACUCCCUCCACAAAGCAGGUGCAGACUUGCUUCUGGGCCUAGAGCUGCUGAGAGCAUGGAUUCGGUUUAGCUGGAACCACACGCCUCCCACUUGUGUGUGUGUCAGAGGCCAGCUUUCUGGCCCUGCGCUCUGGCUGUCACUUGGGGGACAAAUACUGUUUCCAUUAAUGUUGGUUCUAAGCCUUCGAAAGAGGGCUCCCGCCGUACUUUAAGCUUUGUUUAGAAGAAGUGCUAUUUGUGUUUGUCUGGACAUGGUAGCCUAUCCGGUGCCUAAAGGCAGGGUGGAAGUGGGGGAGAGAGAGAAGAAAGAGAGUAAGAAGGAGGGAGGGAGGAAAAGAGGAAGAGAGACAGAGAGAAGACUUCAGAUGGAGGGAGGGCUGCCAGGUUUAUACUUGUGUUGCAAUGAUUUCCAUCUAGUUGUGACCUUGCUCAGGGGCCAGGGCAAUCUGGAAUUGGCAGUUUGGGGCUUGUUUUCUCCCCAAGUGAGUCUGGGAUAGCUUUCCUCACUGAGAACAUGGAUGUAAGAUCCCCACUCGACUGAGGUAUUCUCUUCCUCUCUUAAGUCACAGAUUCACUCACUCACUGGAAGAUUAUUCUGUGCUGUGAGAGAGAGAAAGAGAGAGCGAGAGCGAGACAGAGAGAAAUGUGUCAUUAUGAAAUGUCCCAGAAUCUCCUUUGUUGUCUGUAUAAUAGUGCUCGUUGUGAUGUCUUUCCAUUAAUAUGUAAAUCUUGAAUAUAAAAAUAGAUUUUUCAUAUUAAUUCCCUUAGAUUAAUUUGGCUUUUGUUAUCAAUGCUAGAACGAGUCCAAACUUGUACUGCUGGUGACUCAGCUCUUCACUGUUGCCUCAGGAAUUGGUCUUUGCUCUUUGAGGAAGGGACAUGGAGUGUUUUUGCCUGUUCAUGCAUGUGCCCCACCCAGUCACAUUCUCCAUCCCUGGCAUCCCAUCACACACUGACUGGGUUUUUCCUUGGCCCUUACUAAAGACCUUCUCCUCAGAAGCCUGCUUUGUCAUCCCAGUUCUCACAGGCAGCCCAUUAGCAUCAAAACCUUCCCGACCCUUAUUUCUUCUAUGUGCAACAUGUUAGUUUGUGUCACAAUAUGAGUCUUGGGUCCCAUCAGACUGUAUGGUGUUUGUCCAUUAGGUGAAGAGCAGCAUGAAUCUCUCUUAGGGGAAUUAAUAAAUGUAACCUCUCAGACCAGUUUGGAAGCUCCCUUUGGGAUGUGUGGGAAUAGAUGUGUGUGUGUGUGUGUGUGUGUGUGUGUGUCAUUUCAGGACCAAAUUAGAAGCUUAAACCAAAACUUCCAAGUGUGCUUUAAAUAGUACAGAGUGAAUGCACAUAAAUACAUUGUCUCUGAGAAACCAAACUCUUUAUGCCGAUACUUAAUUUCUUCCGAGGCAACUUAUGUAACUGGAUUUUGGACUCCACGUUCUGGGUCAUGGUCUCAGCAAAACUCUUCUUUGCAAAAUGCUUGUUUUUGAAACUUUACAGUUCUUUUGGAAGAUCUAGUUGUAGUUUGUUCAGUAACUUAAUUUAUAAUCUCUUUCAGGAGGGUGUGGGGGAGCGGGGCUGUCAGGAAAUCUAAUCUCUCUUUGCACUUUGAAGCUCAAACCACUACUUCUCAAGUUGUCCAUUUCCCAAGCCUUUGAGUGACAUUAUAUACUUUGGGAUGGCUGUGUUUGACCAUUAGGUUUUGGGUCCAUGAUGAGGUUAAGGGUCCCUAUGUCAACCUAGACUCUGUUUAGGAGAUACAUAAAUGAAAUCAACUUACUUUUGAUCUUCAUUGACUUGAGUGGUCAGAGUUUUUCUUUUUAAUUCACUAAUUGGACCCUUCAUUGUAAAUUUCUAACAUUCAAAAUGGUACAUCGCCACAGAUUGAAGAAAAAGUUAAUGGGGUAAAAACACACAAAAAACCCCCCACUAUUCCAUCUUAAAAUUCAAAACAGAAUUAGAAAUUUGUAUAUUAAUAUCCUUUAAUGAAAAAUCUUUUAAAAGACUUCUUUACGUUGUUGAAUUUUCAACUUUAGAGAUGUAAUUUCCUUUCCUUUUUGCUUUCUGUUUAAUUUUUACUGGUUCUUUUUUAAAUAUGAAAGGCUUAUUAGUUAAAUUAUAUGUUUGUAUUUGGGUAUGUAUAUUUAAUGUUAUUUGUAGCUAGUCUUUUGUAUAUAUGUUAAUUUUUAAACCUGUGGCCUUUUUUAUCUGCCUGGUUUUUUGUGGUGCUUUUUACAAAAUAAAAAUUUUAUAGUUCUCUUUUUUGAAUAAAUUCAUUUUACUAAAAUUGUCCCAAA